UGAGAUCGUACAGAUCACUGGCUCUGCUCUUUCACCAAAUCCCACAAAGACCCUCUCCCUCUCUCUCUCUCUCUCUCUCUCUCUCUCUCAAAAUCAAAACAAAACAGAAAGAACCACCGUCACAGUGCACCAACCAAAGCAAAAAAACCAGCUUUGAAUAACACCAUCCAUGGGCACCUGCACUUCCAAGCCACCCAAGCCCAAUCCCUACGCUUCCAGGGACGAGUCUACUGAACCUGACCCCCCUUCCCAGCCUCACAAAUCACCUCUACCACCGCCAUCUCCCGCUUCUCUCCCCGGAACCGACGUUCUCGCCGGCAAACUAUCUCGCUUCUUCCCCUUCUACAGCCCCAGUCCCAGCCCUAGCCCCGCUCACUUCCUCAAGAAAUCCCCGGGCCCCAAGAGCGCCAGCUCCACUCCCGGGCGGUUCUUCAGGCUGCCGUUUCCGCCUCCGUCUCCGGCUAAGCACAUAAAGGCCGUGCUUUUGCGGCGUCAGGGUAAGAAGACGAAGGCAUCUGCUGCUAUACCGGAGGAGGAGGAAGAGGAUGAGGAGGUGGAGUUGGAUAAGAGGUUUGGGUUCUCCAAGGAGUUGACGAGUCGGUUGGAGGUUGGAGAGGAGGUGGGACGAGGUCAUUUUGGGUAUACUUGCUCCGCUAGGUUCAAGAAGGGCGAGCUCAAGGGCCAACGGGUUGCUGUCAAGGUCAUCCCAAAAGCCAAGAUGACAACAGCAAUUGCGAUUGAGGAUGUGAGAAGGGAGGUGAAAAUAUUGCGAGCCUUGACAGGACAUAACAAUCUAGUACAGUUCUAUGAUGCUUUUGAAGACCAUGAUAAUGUCUACAUAGUAAUGGAGUUAUGUGAAGGAGGGGAACUUCUAGACAGAAUACUUUCAAGGGGUGGGAAAUACUCGGAAGAUGAUGCAAAGGCUGUCAUUGUGCAGAUACUGAAUGUGGUUGCAUUUUGUCAUCUUCAGGGUGUGGUGCAUCGAGAUCUCAAACCAGAGAACUUUUUGUAUACUUCUAAAGAUGAGAACUCAGAGUUGAAAGCCAUAGACUUUGGCUUAUCAGAUUUUGUCAAGCCAGAUGAGCGGCUUAAUGACAUUGUGGGAAGUGCAUAUUAUGUCGCCCCAGAAGUUCUACAUAGGUCUUAUGGUACAGAGGCUGAUGUAUGGAGUAUAGGAGUAAUUGCUUAUAUUCUUUUAUGUGGUAGUCGCCCAUUUUGGGCUAGGACUGAAUCUGGAAUUUUUCGGGCGGUCUUGAAAGCUGAUCCAAGUUUUGAUGAAGCACCUUGGCCUUCUUUGUCUUCUGAGGCAAAGGAUUUUGUCAAACGCCUGUUAAAUAAAGACUCAAGAAAACGAAUGACAGCUGCUCAGGCGCUAAGUCAUCCAUGGAUCCGAAAUUAUAAUGAUGUAAAAGUUCCUCUCGACAUACUGAUAUUUAGACUCGUGAAGGCUUAUAUACGGUCAUCAUCCUUGCGUAAGGCUGCUUUAAGGGCCUUAUCUAAGACACUGACCGUAGACGAAGUCUUUUUAAAGGAGCAAUUUGCUUUAUUAUUACCGAACAAAAAUAGCUGCAUAACUUGGAGAGCUUUGAUGAAAAAUGCAACGGACGCAAUGAAGGAGUCUCAUAUCCCUGAUUUUCUUGCUUCGCUGAAUGUACUUCAAUACAGAAGAAUGGAUUUUGAAGAGUUUUGUGCAGCUGCAUUAAGUGUGCAUCAGCUGGAGGCGCUUGAUAGGUGGGAACAGCAUGCCCGGAGUGCAUAUGAACUUUUUGAGAAGGACGGGAACAGGCCUAUUGUCAUUGAAGAACUUGCUUCAGAGCUUGGACUUGGUCCUUCCAUUCCUGUUCAUGCUGUUCUUAAUGAUUGGAUAAGGCAUACUGAUGGGAAGUUGAGCUUUCUCGGGUUUGUGAAAUUGCUGCAUGGUGUAUCCAACCGAACCCUUACUAAAGCACAGUGAAAGACACGAAUGCCAUAAUUUUUAAGAAGUUCUGUUGUUCUCCAUGCAUUUCGGCCAAACAAAUUGCAUGAGAGUUGGCAUACAUGCUGCAGCUGUUGAGAAAAUUCGCAUCGGCACAGGUUGAAUGAGCCUUCACUCAUGCCAAUGCUUUGAGAGGGAUCGAACUGUGUCUAAGCUGCAGGCGUAUUAUUGAUUAAUUAGAGCCAUGAGAGUAUUCCGGUGUAAAGAUGUAGUUAGUUUGCCCAAACAGGCAACGAUAUUGCCGUCAAACUUUCUUAUCGAUGCUUUAUACAUGUUUCAUUUAU